AUGGCAGACAACGAAAAUAACGAUGAUCAACCAAAUUUGGAGGAGGAUCCAAUGGCAUUCUUACCAGCAGAUCACCAUUUGUUGGCUCGUUUGCAAAUUGCAUUACAAAAAUAAUUGGAUGAUGAGCAUUCAAGAGUAGAAUUAGAGCUUGUCGAAGUCGAAGAUUAAUUAAAAAAGCUUGAUAGAGAAAAGGAGGAUAUUGGUGUUAGAUUAUAUGGUGUAUAACAAUAGUUAGCAGAGAAUUAAUAAAAUUUUGAAAAAGCACAUGAAAACUUUAAUUUUGUAUAAAAAUUGAGAAUUGAAAGUGAGUAAAAACUAAAAACUAUUAACGACUUACACUUACAGAAGAAGAAAGAGGUAGAUGAAUUAAGGAAAAAAUAUCUAAAAGCUCAAGAUGAAUUAUCGAAACUUACCAAAACUUUGCACACCAUUGAGAAUUAUAACAAUUAGAUGCAAGCAGAAAUCCAAUAGACUAGAAGAAUCGUCUACAGAGGAGAAGAAAAUGUGCAAGCAUUAGAAAAGGAUAAGAAAAAAUAAGAUUACUUAAUUGAUCAAAUGAAUGAGGAAAUUAAGAGAUUGACAGAAUAAAAGACUAUAUUGAUGGAUCAAUUGAUAUCACAAAGCAAAGAGACAGAAAAUGCUAGACAAACAAUGAAGGAUGCUUAAGCUGAAAUGGAAAAGAUCAUUGCAUCAAAAAAGAACCUUAUGGAAAGAUGGUAGAAGAGUUUGGUAAGGAUGUAGAGAAUGGACAAUGCACUAUAAGAAAUUAGAGAAGCUUAUAAAAAAGAAUCAGAAGUCAAUAUCUAAUUAGGUACUGAACUAUAAGGAAUUAAUAAUGAAAUCAGAAAAGAAAAUGCUAGAUCUGAAGAUUUAAUUGCAUAGAAAAGAAAAUUGGAAAAUCAAAAGUCGAACUUAGAAAACAGGAGAUAAGAAUUACUUGAAGAGUAGGCAAAACUCAAUGCUUAAGUGUUAUUGUUGAAUGAAUCUCUUAAAUAGACAGAAAAUGAAACUAAAAAGACUGAUAAUGAAUAAAGAAAUGUCGAUGAAUAAAUGAAAUUGAUUGAAACUAAUAUUAUGAAAUUGCAUACAGAAACUAAAAGCUUAUUGGAAGACUUAUUAGAUUCAAAGAGUGAAAAUACUACCAUUGAAAAAACUGCCUUAAAUUUGUUGAAAUAGGCUUAAAUUAUCUAAUCUGAAAUUGAAGAAAAGGAAAUAGAAUUGGAAAAUCUAAAUAAUGAAAUUGCUAGAGUUAAAAUUGAUCAAUUGAACACAGAAUAAUAGAUUGAAUAAUUAAAAUUAAAAAAGGCUGCAGUUAUUAAAGAAAGAGAUGACAAGAAAAUUACUGUUGCUACUUACGAAGUAUAAAUUAAAUAGGGUCAUGAAUUAAAUGAAAAAAAACAACAUGAAGUUGGUAGAUUAAAUAAGGUUCAUGAUGAAUUGACAAACAAUUCUUCAGAAGUCAGCAGAGGACCUUUAGAAGCUACAAAGUCUAAUCUAAAACGAUAAUUUGAUGAAAUGAUUCAACAAUGUGAAGCCAUGCAUAGAGAUUGGAUCAAGAAGCAAACUUAAUUGGUUGAAAAAACUAAAGAAUAUGAAACAUGUUCAACAGAGGUUGAUGAAUUAUCAAAUAAACAAGUUAUUUUAGAAAAUAAAAAAAUGAGAUUAAAUUCUUAAUAUAGAUCUCAUGAAAGAGAAAUAAGAGAAAUCAAAAAUAGUCUUAAAAAUCUUUAAAAUGAUAUGAAUAAAUUAAAUGAUGAUUUAGAAAGAUAUUAAUUUAAAUAAGAAAAAUUAACAAACGAAAAUAACCAUAUUUAGAGUGAAUUUCUUGAGAAGUUGAAAGAGUUAGAGAAGGAAGCCGUAAGAUAUGAAGUCUAAAUUGAUAAAUUAAAGGACAGUAAAGCAGAUUUAUUAAAUGAUAUAAUGGAGGCAGAAAAGUAAAUCCUGUUGUGGGAAAGAAAGAUUCAAUUGGAAAAAGAAAUGCAAGAGGCUUUGGAUCCAAAUGUUGGACAGAGCGAAUUAAAACUAUUGUAAAAAGAAAUACAUAAGAUGGAACUAAGAUAAAAGGAAUAAAAGAAGAGUUAGGAGUAGAUCAUAAAAGAAAUGGAAAGAACUGUUUUUAAGAGAGAGACUAUCCAAUUAAAAUAUCUGAACAAAGAUAAAUCUUCCUCAGGACCUAAAGAACUUAAACUUCCUCCUGUUGGAGCUAGCAAUAAUACAACUUAAGUUAACAAAUAAAUCUAAACACUUAAGAAUACAUUGAAUCAAACAUUGAUGAAUGGAUAAAAGAUAGAAUAAGGUAUAAGAGCACAAGAAGAGUAACUUGAAAAUCUUUAACAAUAAAUCUAGGAGGCUUCCUAACAGUAAUAAUAAAUGGAAUAGGAAGCUUAUGACAACAAAUAAAAAUUAUAUUAUGCUAAAAAUGAAAAGCAUCUAAAUGUAUUCAAAAUAAGUCAAUUAUAAUCCUAAGCCAAGAAAUACGAGGAAUUAUUAAACAACCCAAAACUUCCUUUUCCAGAACAAUAAAUUAGAUAGAAACUUGAAGAAUAGAAGAACUUCACCAAUAAUAUCAAGAGUGCCUUAAACAAACUAGUUGAUGAAUAGCCAUAAUUACAAGAGAUCUUGGCCCCAUUAUUAGAUUUAUGAAAUAUAUGAAUUUAAAAUUAAUC